AUGAAAGGAGUCAUGCGAUUCGGGAAGAAAGAGAAAUUAGCACCACGCCACAUCGGACAGUUCGAGAUCCUGCAGAGAGUAGGUGUCAUGGCCUACAAACUAGCUCUACCCCCACAGUUAUCUGGCAUUCACAACGUAUUUCACUUAUCAAUGUUCCAAAAGUACGAGAGGGAUGCGUCGCACAUUAUUCACAGGCAGUUGCUAGAUAUUCGCGAAGAUGUCAUGUACAUAGAACAAUCAGUUUGUAUCAUCAACAAAAAAGAUCAAGUACUUCGAACUAAAAUCAUACUACUUGUAAAAGUGCAGUGGGGACAUCACGGGGAAGAAGAAGCUUCAUAG